AAACAACACAUGCAUGAAGGUGCCAUCCAACAUAAUCCAUCCAGCCAUCCAACCUUAUCUGCCCACCACUUGCUGUCCUUUUUUCUCCUCUCUUUGUUUUUAUCUUCAUAUUUUAACUAAAUAUUAAUCACCCUUGCCAUGUCUACAGCCGAACACACAAUUGCUUCCAUCUUCCGUAACAUCGACACCAAUGGCGCCGACCCAGCUAUCCUGACCACGGCAUCUUCUAAUCCCAAGUCAACCACUCUGGCCUACGCCGACAUCAAAGGCCAGAGCGAGCGUUUUCGCCGGCAGGCCAAAACGCUGUUUGGCUCCGACAUUCCUACCGGGACUGUGAUCUCGUCUCUUCUGCCCAACAGCCUUACAUGCCUCCUGGUAUUCCUGGCAACCACGCUCCAGCGCCUGGUGGCCGCACCUCUGAAUCCGGCUAUGAAACAGAGCGAGAUUGAGUUUUAUCUUGAGGACGCCUCCAGCAAGGUGCUCAUUGUGCCUGAGGCCACCAGCGAGGACAACGAGGGCGUCCGUGCUGCGCGCAAGCUGGGCGUUGUCGUGUGGACCGUCGGAUGGGAAUCCGACGCUGGACUCAGGUUGGCUGUGCUUGGAGAGGGCGAGCCUGUCGAGCCCGUGGCAUUUAGAAGCAAGGAUGCAGCGGUCGAGCCGCAGCCGGAGGACGUCGCACUGCUUCUGCACACGUCGGGGACCACCGGCCGCCCGAAGGCCGUGCCACUAACCCACGCCAAUAUUGCACGCUCUAUGCUCAAUAUCGCCAACACCUACAAUUUGACCAAGGUCGACAGAUCGUUCAUCGUGAUGCCCUUGUUCCAUGUCCACGGGCUCAUCGGCGCAACCCUCUCUUCUCUGUUUGCCGGUGGAGCCAUCGUCGUGCCGUCGCGCUUCUCUGCGAGCCACUUCUGGUCUGAGUUUAUUGAGACAGAGUGCAACUGGUACUCAGCGGUCCCCACGAUCCACCAGAUUCUGCUUCGUCACGAGAUCCCUAGCCCGGUUCCCAAAAUCCGCUUCAUCCGCUCGUGCUCGUCUGCUCUGGCGCCCACUGUCAUGACAGAGCUUGAAGACAAGUUUAACGCGCCGGUGCUUGAGGCCUACGCAAUGACAGAGGCGGCGCAUCAGAUGUGCUCGAACCCGCUGCCCCCGGCACAGCACAAGUCGGGGAGCGUAGGCAUCCCGCAGGGCGUCGAGCUGACGAUCCUUGAUGAUGACGGCAACGAGACGCACUUGGGCGAAGUCUGCAUCCGCGGGCCCAACGUCACCGCAGGGUACCUGAACAACGUCGAGGCCAACCAAAAGUCAUUCACCAAGGGCUCGCAUUGGUUCCGCACGGGUGACCAGGGCUUCAUCGACCCCGACGGCUACCUCGUGCUGACCGGUCGCAUCAAGGAGCUGAUCAACCGCGGCGGCGAGAAGAUCUCACCCCUCGAGCUUGACGCCAUGCUGCUCAAGUGCCCGGGCGUGGGCGAAGCUGUGAGUUUUGCAGUCUCGGACGAGAUGUACGGCCAGGAGGUUAAUGCCGCUGUGGUGCCCAAGGCUGGCGCCGAGGUGACGGAGGAGCAGGUACGGAAGUUUAUGCUCGACAAUGUGGCAAAGUUCAAGGUGCCCAAGCGCGUUUUUAUUGCCGGCGAGCUGCCGCGCACGGCGACAGGCAAGAUCCAGCGCCGUGUGGUGGCAGAGCAUUUUGCUGGACCGCAGUGAAUUUUUUUUGCUCAUUCCUUUUCCGUCUGUUGU